ACACGUAUUGUCCGGAAGUUUGUAAACUGCACGUCCUUAGCAACUGUAAUAGUCAAAUGUUAGUCGUGUGAGAAACUAAAUAGUUAGUUUUGCGAGCAUAUACUACAAAUAUAACAGUUUAAUAGUUACGAACGUUACAAAUGUAGGGAUAUCAAAGUCGGGUCGUGCUACGAACCUUGUCAUCACAACGAUUAUAGUGUUUACGAACACGACAGCUCGAGGACUGCUCGACACUCGCUGUCAUGCCUCCCGCUGAAGCCGCACCGAAAAAGAAACACGUCCGCUUUGCCAGAAUGGAAGAGGAUGAUGACAACGACGAGCAGGAGGAGGACGCUCUUUUUGAUAAGCGGAAAGACGUUCGAAAAGGAUUGAAAAGCGCACUGAAGGGUGGCAAACGGGCACUAAAGCUGGGUUCCGAAAAGGUUGACAUAAUUCGACCAGGACGGAGUCGGAGCAACACCGGGAAAUGUUGGCGAUGGCUGGUCAGCCUGGCGCUCUGCGCAUCGUUUCUUGGGCUGGGAAUGGCAAUCUCUGUAUUGGGUCCUACAUUUGAAGACCUAGCUCUUAAUGUCAACAAGAACAUUGGUAAUUUGUCCUACAUCUUUGUGGGUCGUUCAUCUGGAUACAUUGGAGGUUCCUUAUUAGGAGGGAUCCUGUUUGACUGUAUGAAUCCUCAUCUUUUGCUUGGCUUUUCCUUGUUGAUCACAGCAUUUGGAAUGUCUGGGACGACAUUCUGUAAAAAAGCUUGGCUGCUUACCGCUUUGAUGUCAAGUGUGGGGGUGUCAAUGGGAAUCCUAGAUACAGGUGGUAAUGUUCUCAUACUGAACACUUGGGGAGAGCAGGCUGGGCCUCAUUUGCAGGCUCUGCACUUCAGCUUUGCUGCUGGAGCUUUUGUCUCCCCAAUUAUUGCCAAGCUGCUGUUUGGUCACAGUUCCGACAAUGCCUCCAUUUCCACACCUCUGAUGUCUGGCCAUGCGUCCAAGGCUAUUGGUGCCAUUUUGCAGUUCUCGCAGCCAAAAAGUACACCUCUAGCGUCCAUGUGGGCCUAUACAGUGAUUGGUGCUUUUACUUUAUUGGUGUCGCUCAUCUUUUUCAUUCUGUACUUCUGUAGCCCCUCCACCUCAAAUGGGACAAAGACAUCCACGGGAAAGCAGUCGUUUUCAAAACACCACAGUACUCUUAUAUUCCUGCUCUCCUUGUUCUUUUUCUUCUACGUUGGUAGUGAGGUGGCAUACGGCUCUUUUAUAUACACAUACGCCAAGGACUACGCUAAUAUGGAUCAAACAUUGGCAGCAGGGCUCAAUUCGCUCUUCUGGGGAACAUUCGCAGCUGGCCGAGGUCUGGCCAUCUUCUUUGCGACUUGUCUUAGCCCGGGCACCUUAAUCUUGCUUAGUCUAGUGGGCACCACAGUCUCCUCGCUGCUGCUGCUCCUAUUUAGCCUAAAUGACCCUGUACUAUGGGCCUGCACUGCUCUGUAUGGUGUCUCCAUGUCUACCACCUUUCCCAGUGGGAUAUCAUGGGUAGAGCAGUACACAACAGUGACGGGCCGCUCAGCUGCAGUGUUUGUGGUGGGUGCAGCACUCGGUGAGAUGGUGCUGCCAUCCCUGUUGGGCUUUCUGAUGGGGCAUGUGCAGAAUCAGCCCUUGCUGAUGUACCUGGCACUUGGCUCAUCCACCUUCACCUCAAUUCUUUUCCCAGUCAUGUACAAACUAGCAUCACCAGGAGGGGAUACUGCCUUAUGGAAAGUGCCAGGCAAACACAUCAAGGAUGUCGAUGACAGCGAGUACCGUCAAGCACUUUUGGACAAUGUGGAGGAAGAGGAACAGGAGAAUGACGGUGAAGCUGACCAAUGGAAUGAUGCAGACUUUGAGGUAAUAGAGAUGGAUGAGGCCAACAUGGUUAGUUCUCCUUCCAAAGCUUUAAUGCCACCGGAUGUUGCAGCCAAUGCUCUUGGUGUCCAGUCAGUUGCUGCUUCCUCAGUCCCGCCACCAACAGACCUCCUGGCCAUUGCCCCGGUGUCUAACACCCUCAACUUUUCAACAGACUCCCCCAGACGCAAACUGUUAUUGUCCCUAGACAGGGAAAAGAAAGACUGAAAUAUUGUAAUGAAUUGCAUCAGUGUGACCUUGGACUUGUCCAGGAACUUGGCCGGUUGAAUCCUUUACAACCACUUGAAGCUCAAAGCAAUUUUAUUUUCGGCAAAAGAUAACACUAGUCAGUCGAUUCAUUAACAUUUAACAUGCCACUUGCAUGUUUGACAUUUGAACAUGUAAUCGUUUCUGUGUCGCUUAGGUACGCCAAUAUAAGCCAAAUCAAGCCUUUUACUUCCAACCAAUGUAUUUGAUUACCGGUUGCAGGAUUCUCAAAAAGUUAAAUUAAGGUAAAAUAUAAACCACUGAUUAAACUUACACAUCAGGUAGUUUUCUUGUAUGUUAGACAUGGGUAUGUUGGAACUUCUAAAAGAUAUGGGAUUUCUAUAUCUCUCUUGUUGGACUUUAUUGAAUUGAAAAGAUUUAACAGAAUUGUAAUCAGCACAAUACAUCUUGUAAGGCAGAUUGUGAUUUUUUUGUAUGAAAAGUUUAUAUUUUGAUGCUUGAGUCAUUGUUGGCAUCCUUACGUAUGUUGGCUAAAACAAAUCUAUUGUUCCUGUAGUAAUCUGUGCUUGCCGAUGAGCAAAAAUGACAUUUUUAUGUCCGUUACUGUCAAAACCUUGACCUGCAACCAUUAACAUAAAGCAAGUGAUAAAUAGCUUCCAUGUUCAAGUUUUUAUCCUUAACAUCUGUAACAAUAUGUUAAUCGUUUGCUUUCUGUAUUUGCAGUCUGUUUGCCUUGCCCACCGUAAAAUCUCAUUGGUCAAACACCCUACUCCACACAACUCUAUAAAAAAACUAUGAUUGUCUGUGGUUUUUGCAUUUGUGAAUAUUUGCUUUGUGUGGGCAGACAAAUGGCUAGAAAUAUCAAAUCAGUUUCCAUCUUAUUUUGCACUUUAAUGUAGAAAUUGGUUUAAGUUUUUGUUCAAAUUGCUGUGUAAAAAGUGCUAUAAUCAUAUUGAGGUUACCAUUUGUUAGACCUUACUUUCUAAAAUGUUGUAUUAAAUUAUUUUAAUUGCUCUAAACCUCA